GCCGCCAUUGCUAACCAAUCUCAUUCCAUUCAAUCUCUUUGUUAUCUUCCUCACUCCUUUCCUCCCUCAUCAAAAUCCAUACCACCGUAGUUUCCUUUCUCUUUCACCACCUUCUCAAUACAUUUUCUUAGUACCUACCUCUCCAGCUAGAGUUUCCGCAAUCCAAACCUAGCUUCUGUUUCUUGGCCUUCCUUCUUCAGUGAAAAGAUUGCCUCUCGCUCACUGUAGAAGACCCUGAAUUGAAAUUAAUACUAAACAUUCUCUUUCUUCUUCUUCAGGCGGUUUAAGGUCACAGAAAGUUUAGCAAAGGGCACUGUUGAAGAUGAACAAAGGAGGAGGAAUGAAGAAAAUGAAGUACGUGGUGGUGACUGGAGGAGUAGUAAGUGGGCUUGGGAAAGGAGUGACGGCAAGUAGUAUUGGUGUGCUUCUCAAGGCCUGUGGCUUUCGUGUUACUUCUAUCAAGAUUGAUCCAUACUUAAACACUGAUGCCGGAACAAUGUCGCCCUUUGAGCAUGGAGAAGUGUUUGUCUUGGAUGAUGGUGGCGAGGUGGACCUGGACCUUGGAAAUUAUGAGAGGUUUCUAGAUAUCAAGUUGACACGCGAUAAUAAUAUCACCACCGGAAAGAUUUACCAGGCUGUUAUUGACAAGGAAAGAAGGGGAGAUUAUCUGGGAAAAACUGUGCAGGUUGUCCCACACAUCACAGACGCCAUUCAAGAGUGGAUUGAACGUGUGGCAAUGAUACCAGUAGACGGACAGCCGGGUCCUGCUGAUGUUUGUGUCAUUGAAUUGGGUGGAACUAUUGGUGACAUCGAGUCCAUGCCAUUUACUGAAGCUCUAGGGCAGUUUUCAUACCGUGUGGGCGCUGGCAACUUCUGCUUGGUUCAUGUCAGCCUUGUGCCUGUUCUAAGUGCUGUUGGUGAACAGAAAACAAAACCAACUCAGCACAGUGUUCGUGGGCUGAGAAGCUUAGGUUUGACACCAAAUAUCUUAGCUUGUCGCAGCACAUUGGCACUCGAGGAGAACGUAAUGCAGAAACUCUCUCAAUUUUGCCAUGUCCCUGCAGAAAAUAUCAUCACCCUCUAUGAUGUUCCUAACAUUUGGCACCUUCCUUUGCUUUUAAGAGAUCAGAAGGCUCACGAAGCAAUUUUGGGAGUGCUGAACCUUCUUGGGAUUGCAAGGGAGCCUAAUUUAAAGGAAUGGACCUCUAGGGCUGAACUCUGUGAUAUGUUGCUUGAACCAGUUCGUAUUGCCAUUGUUGGGAAGUAUACAGGGCUUUCAGAUUCAUACCUUUCUUUACUAAAGGCUCUUUUGCAUGCAUCUGUUUCUCUCCGCAAGAAACUUGUUGUGGAUUGGAUUCCAGCUAGUGAUCUUGAGGAUGAAACUGCAAAAGAGAAUCCUGAUGUUUACAAGGCUGCUUGGAAGUUGUUAAAGGGUUCAGAUGGUGUUCUUGUCCCAGGAGGGUUUGGUGACAGAGGCGUGGAAGGGAAAAUUCUUGCAGCCAAGUAUGCCCGAGAAAACAGAAUUCCAUUCCUUGGAAUCUGUCUGGGAAUGCAAAUUGCAGUCAUUGAGUUUGCACGAUCCAUCCUUGGCCUGCAAGAUGCUAACAGCACAGAAUUUGAUCCUGACACCAAGGAUCCCUGUGUUAUAUUUAUGCCUGAGGGAUCAAAAACCCACUUGGGAGGCACCAUGCGUCUUGGGUCAAGGAGGACAUAUUUCCAAGUUAUGGACUGCAAAUCAGCAAAAUUAUAUGGUAAUAGAGGCUUCAUUGAUGAGAGACAUCGGCAUAGAUAUGAGGUGAAUCCUGAUAUGGUAUCACGCCUGGAAGAUGCUGGUCUCUCAUUCACUGGCAAGGAUGAAACUGGUCAACGCAUGGAGAUAGUUGAGCUGCCUAAUCAUCCUUACUAUAUUGGUGCUCAAUUCCAUCCUGAAUUUAAAUCAAGACCCGGGAAACCUUCUGCACUAUUCUUAGGCCUGAUAGCAGCAGCAUGUGACCAACUAGAUUCUCUCUUACAUGCUCACAAGAUUCCCAAUGGAAUGGCCAAAAAAAUUAGCCUCUGCCAAAAUGGAAAUGCAACUAAGUUUGCAAAAAUACCGACAGAUGGUAUCUACAGCAAUUGCAAUGGUGUGCAUGCCUAAGCUCUGGUCCUGCUCUUUAUUAUAGGACCUUUUUUUUUUUCUGAAGCGAUACAUGUUCUGAUGAUGCUCUGGUAGUAUCUUAGGAUAUGCUUUGUACAGUAAUUUGAGUAUUUGGUAGGAGUUAGCUUUGAGAGGGAUGGCGGAUUGAACAGAGCUUGAUCCUGGUAAUGGCGGAUUGAACAGAGCUUUAUCCUGGUCUUUUAUACAGGACAGCCUGUUGUAAUUUACAGUCGUACCAUGCUUUCCAAGCCUUCAGUCUAAGAUGGUGUUUUUACUGUGGGAUUGCAAUGAAAAAUCUCUCUAGUUUGCCUA